AUACACAUACACAAUUCUCUGAAAUAGGAAGAGAGUGACUGGGGAGCGAGUGAAUGAACAACUGUGGGAUUAGCCAAGGAAUAAUCCCAGAAAAGGACACGAAUGAGUGAGGCGAAGUAAGCCGUGGGAUAUAUGUAGGUAAGUAUUGACUGGUGGAGAGUAGUAAGAGAGGUAACGGAGAGUGAGAAGAAAUUGAAGAAGUAGGAUAGGAAAUGGAGUAAGAGUGAAUAGUGCUAAAGGUGAGAAAGAGAAGAGUUCAAGACAGGGAGCAAGGUUUCCAGCGCCAGAGGAUGUUCAGCUGUCUUGUCACCUGGUUCGAUCCAAGACUCAGGGACUCAGGGAGACCAUUAGGCGACUACUCGUGAGAGACGAAGAUAAAAAGUAAAAGCAAUGCCAGGAGGUUUAGGAGAAGAUGAACAUGGCAUCCGGUUUAAGAGUCAAUGAAGGACCAAGGUCCAAUAUGUCCAGGAUGAGAGGAAUGGAGAGCCGUAGAAGACUGUUCCUGGAUGAAAUUAGCCGGAAAUUUUUAGGAGACCCAGUGCCAGGCGAGGAGGAAGUUGUCUUCGUCCUGAACAAAGGAAACAUGACUGCGUUACACGUGUUGCGUAGCUGGUGUGACAGCCCCAUAAAUUGGACUGGCGUCGCGACGUACGUCGACGCUCGGCGUAUAAUCAGGCUCGCGAACACACCUGAAACUUUGCUCACCCUUGUGCAACCUCACGGGCAGAGCAAGGAGUCAGGCCCAUGCGCAAGCCCUUUAAGGAAAAGGAUCCCGACGUUCUCCACCGUGACACGGAGACAGCGGAACUGGGAAUCCGGCAGACAAAGAGGUUCAAGGAAUUUCGAAAAUUACCAAUAA